UUUUCCUUUUCCUCAGUUCACGGGGUUGUUUGGGGUGACGCUGGUGUGUUCAUCGUUCUUUGGUUUUGGCUAUCAGCAGCCACUUGAUUGAUUCCACAGUGUCUGCUCCAGCGAGAGAGAGAGAGAGAGAGAGAGAGCGUGCUGGAUGUGGAUGGGAUGAACGGUUCUGCUUCUGUAGGGUUUUCUGUUUUCUUGUAGUACUAAUUCUUGCCAAAAAUCUCGACGGAUUUCGCCGUCGCCGACACCAGGAAACCUCGGCUGAAAGUUCAGUUGAGGUUUUUCCAGUUCACUGUGAAGUGGAUGGCUCCAAAAAUCUCAAGUGGUCUGUGGAUCUGGCGGUGAAGGGGGGUCUCGACAGUUGUGUCAGACUGUCAGUGUGGCCUUGACUUUAAGGGCUUAGCUAGGGUUUAAUAAUCCUACCCUAGUUAAUCAGCACGUUGCGCCAAGCUUUUGCAGUCAAAGAGGAAUCACAAGCUCGAUGUACUGGUAAUGAUGGAUAGAUUAUUUAUGAGCUUUCCCUAGAAAAAAAGGGCAGCUGGUGGGGGCACAUCAGUCAAAAGAAAAUCAUGUGUUGCAAAGAUAAAUUGCAAAAGGGGAAGCAAACACCUUUAAUUUAUUUAGACAGAAAUCACUAUCAUUAACCACAUUUUAGAACAAGAGCUAGACAGUGAAGAGUUAUCCAUGUCAUGAAUCACUAUCAGACAUAGAGGUUGCUUAUAUAUCUCUCUUUUUUUAGAUGAAGUUACUUCUCUCUGUCUCUCUGAAGAAGGAAAAAAAAGUCAGGAACUAGCCUGCUGCCUCUUGAAUGGGAACCACUGAGUCGUGUCAUGAUUCAAGUACAUGGACUAGAGCUGAGCUUGGAGGCAACAGGUGCGGAAUUCAAUGCAAUGAAGAUCGCAGAUACCGCUGAAAUGUCCAAGGUCGAUGGGGAUGGAGUGGAGCUCCUUAAGGAGACUAAUGAGGAGAUUAAACCUUGCUGGACCAAGCCAAGCCCAAAGGUUCAGCAGUCUAACGGUUUUGUUACAUUGUCGUUGACUAUCGGCCCUGAAUACCAUACAUCACAGAUUGCUGAUGCUGUAGUUAUUGCAAGGUAUCUGGGUGCAACACUUGUACUUCCAGAAAUCAGAGGGAAUGAAUUAGGAAAGAUGCGAAAAUUUGAGGACAUGUACGACGUGGAGAAAUUCACUAGCAGCUUGAAUGGUGUUGUCAAAGUAGUACAUAAACUUCCUGAUGAAUGGACUGCUAAGAAGCCAGCAGUUAUUAGAGUACCAAACCGGGUGACAGAAGAGUUCAUCCUGGAAACCAUUCAGCCCAUCUUCCAAACAAAUAGUUACUUACGACUUGCGAUUAUUUUCUCUUCAGUAAGUUUAAAACCAAAAGGAACGAAUAACAAGGACCUGGAUUCAACUGCUUGUCAUGCGAUGUUCAGUGGCCUCAAACUGAAGCCGGAAUAUUCAGAAGUAUCCAAACAGAUGUUGGACAGGCUUAAAGAACUGAGCAAGAAAUCAGAUGGCAAGGUGUUGGCUGUUGAUAUGCGGACUGACUUGCUAGGGAAGAAGAUUUGUAAAACAAGUGGAGGUGCAAGAAGGAAAGGCUGUUAUAAUCCCCAGGAGGUUUUGAAUUUUCUGAAGAAGGUUGGGUUCGCUGCUAAUACAACCAUCUACUUGACAGAGACAUGGUGGCACAAAGGCCUGAAUAAUCUGAAGAAAGCAUUUCCAAACACUUAUACCAAGGACGAUAUAAUGCCAACGGAGAACAAAGGUGAAUUCCUGAAUUCUGGUGAUUCAGAUCUAUCAAGAGCUCUGGACCUUGAGAUCUGCUCAAAGAGCGAUAUCUUCGUCCCUGCUAUUGCCGGCAUGUUCUACGGACAUGUCACUGGCAAGAGGAUUGCGUCAGGCCUGACCCAAAUCCUUGUUCCUGCUCCCAUGGCUAGCGCUUCAUCACAGGCUUCAGACUUCAUCUCCACCUAUAUCUCGAAGAAGAGCCACUUUGCCUACUCAUGCUACUGUUAGUACUGUUUAGUGUUUAUUGCCAUUAAUAAGAUAAACUGAGUGCUGCUUGACCAUGCUUUGGGUACAUAUGUAAGUGCUUUUGUUGUAUUAGUAAUUAGGUUUUGUUAUGAGAGGCACAGGAUUAGAAUGUUGUUUGGGAAGAAACAGCCCCAAAACAGAAGUAGAGUGUGCUUCAGAAUGAACCAUGAGACUAAGCAUGUGAAAAGAGUAUGCUUCAUGCACCAAGUUACAUUCUAAAUCAUCUUAUGUCAGCUCACCAGUUAUGGCAGAAAUGUCUCUAGAAUCUUCACAUGAAAAAUGUGUUUUGUUUA